UUGUAUUGAUUAUUUAUUGGAAACAGAAUUUAGAAGGAGUUAAGUGAUUUUAAAAGUUGACAGAUUCUUACAAGUUAAGUAGAGUUAACAAAUAUUCUUCAAAAUUCUAUCAAAUACUUUGAAUUGACUUUUGUAGAUUUUAUUGAUUUUUAUGGAUUUGCAUAAUGUAUUAUUUUCAAAAUAUUUCUUCUUAUAAGGCAAUGUAUAGAUAGAGAUCCUUUGGAGUUAGUUCGAUAUGCAAAGAGUGAAUGUCAAGCCUGGUUUGAUGCGAAUGAAGUGGUACAGCCUGUGGCACAUGAGAACAAUAUGGCGAGCCCCCAAGUCUUAAGCUUGGACAACAUAUGCUUGUUAGAUGGGUCUUGGACAGCAUCUGCCAAUUUUAGUGGAUGUAGAUGGGUGUGUAUGGAUAGCAGCGGGAACACUCAGCUUAUAGGGAUAAGAAAUAUUACUCGAUGUGAAUCAGCCUUGCACUCGGAAGUUGAAGCACUACAGUGGGCAAUGGAGAAUAUGCUCCAGCACUCAACAUGUCAGAGCUUUGGGACGGACUGCAAGGAUCUGAUUGCUACGCUAGAAGAACAUCAUGCUUGGCCAAGCUUUACGAUAAAAUUGGAGAAGAUCGAGACGCUACGGAUAUGCUUCCCGGAUUUCAGCAUCACUCAUGUUCCACGAUCGCAUAAUCAAUUUGCGGAUUUAUUAGCUAAGACUGCUAGAUCUUUCCACAGGGAGUUAAUUUUUAUUGGUUGUUCUAUUCCAGUCUGUUACUCAGACCACCUCAAACUUGAGUAAUAGAAUGGCGGUUUGACGUCAAAAAAAAAAAGACAAUGUAUAACAAUCUUUUCAGAACAUUUCCAAAAACAAAAUCUCGAUGUAAAUCAUAUACAAACAUCACGUAAUUGACACAAUGAUACCCAUAUCAUCUUCUCUUCUCCUUCUCCUUUUCUCCUUUUACUUAUCGUGUCCAGCUACAUACAGGUAUCUACUUCUCCUGACCAUUAUUUUCUAGCUCUUUUUAUAUUCAGUAGAAUAAAAUUAUUUUCCAGCCACCAUUGUUGACCGUUGUGUAUUAUUAUUCUACGUAUUGCUUUGUGUUUUGACUUCUUUUUGUGACUUUCGUCAUUUGAUUUUUGCUAGCUUGUGUUUUUGUCUUCAGUUUGAAUGUUUUUUAUUCGAUUGUUAAUUAUUUAUACUAACUACAGUUAGUUCUUGAAUAAGAUUACAAUGGAGGAUAAGGAAAAAGGUAAAAUAUAAUUCAUGGACUCAGGAUAAACAAAAGUAUUGAUUGAAUUACUUGUGAAGGAAAUUAAACGUGGAUGGCGUGAUUCUAAUGGUAUAAUAAACAAGGCAACGGUAGAAAAUAAAAUACUACCAGUCCUCAAUGAAAGAGUUGGAUGCCAGAAACUCCACAAACAUUAUCAAAGUAGGAUAAAGUUUUUGAAAAACCUAUACAAUAGCUAUGUUGAUCUUCAACGUAAUAGCUCUGGAUUUGGAUGGGAUUUUGAAACAAAAAGGUUUACAGCUUCUGAAGAAGUGUGGCAAGGAUAUUUGAAGGUAUUUUUUUUUUAUUUUACAUAAGUUUUGAUAUUGUAGAAACUCAUUAUUGUAUUUCUUUUGUAUGUUUAUAACACAGGCACAUCCAAACCACCAGUAUAUGCGCUAUGACUCACAUGAACACUUUGAAGAUUUGAAGAUAAUCUUUGAUGGUACAACUGCCAAUGGUGGCAAUUCACUUGGAUUAAGUGAUACUAUUGAUGCUAGUACUUACCUUGUUGGUGAUUAUCAAGUGAAAGAAAAGUUUGGUGAAAGCAAUGAUGAUGUUACUGAUGUGGCUUUUGUUUCAAAACAAAGUCUGAAAGGUCAUAGAGAAAAACUGAUCCCAAGAAAGAGGUCCAGAACUGACUUAUGCUACAAUUCAGAGAAGCUGAAGAAUGAUGACAAUGAUUCCAUUGUUGCUGUGAGCAAUAAGAUCCUUAAUAUCAUACAACAAAGGGAAGAGAGACAACAAAAAGAAGCUGAAAAAAGAGAGGAGAAACUCGAAUUGGAAGCUGAGCAACAAGAAGCUGAAAAAAAGAAAAACAAUGUUUGGGAUGCCAUGAAAGAGAUCACUAAUUUGGACCAGCGUACCAAAUUUAAAGCUGUGACUCUUAUCUAUUCCUUGGGGAUGAAAGAUGUUUUUGCAGAAAUGUCGGUAGAAGAACGCUUUGGUUGGAUCCAAACCAAUCUUAGCUAGAACUGAUCAUUGCUUCAGCUACAAGUGAUCCUUGUUUUAAUUUUAUAUUUAUUUGUUUUUUAUGAUAUUUGAGACUUUUUUUGAAUUUGCUUGAUUAAUAAUAAUAUGGAUUUUGAUAAAUCGGUUCUCCCUGAUGUGGUUUUCUCGUUUCAGCAUAAUAGUUGUUUGUUUGAUUUAACAGCUUUUUGUUGUGUGAUGUCAUGAUUUAUAACUGCAUGUUUCACUUGUUUACAAAAGUCGUAAGUUCUUUACGUUACGCUACGUCUUUAUCUCUAAGCCAUUACUUUAAUAAUAUUAUUAUAUGUAUGUAGGUGUGUUGUCAUGGUAGUGAUCAUAGAAGAAGAAGCAAACAAUAUGGAAGAUGACGAAACAGAUUUGGAUAUCAUGCUCGUAAUGCUGGAUAACCUAGCAAGAGCCUCUACAACCUAUAUGAAUCGCAUUGAACGUCCUCUUCGUCAGCCAAUCACGAACAUUGGUUAUGAUUACAUUCAGAAAGCAUUGAAGGAAGAACCGGCACACUUUCGAUCUUUAUAUCGUAUGUAUCCAAGCUCAUUUCUCAAGCUGUGUGAUCUUAUUAGGGUGAAAACUUAUCUGCGAGAUACUCGCAAUAUAUGCAUCGAAGAGAUGGUGGCUACAUUUCUCUUAACUAUUGGCCAGAGUUCAAAAUAUUGUUACACAAUAGACACGUUCAAGAGAUCAGUAUUUGCCACUAGUGAGAACUUCCAUAAGGUUCUAAAAUCACUGAAUACUUUAGCGCCAGACCUGAUGGCGAAGCCUGGAGUGACAACAUGUGCAAAGAUAAGAGAGAGCACAAGGUUUUAUCCUUACUUCAAGGUACGUAGUUCUGAUUUUGUCUAAAGUAUUAUUAAUAAAAGUUUCUUUCAAUAUUUUUUUUAUUUGACAUCUGAAUUUUUUAUUAUUACAGGAUUGCAUCGGAGCAAUAGAUGGCACACAUAUAUUUGCAAUGGUGCCGAAAUCUGAUGUGCCAAGCUAUCGUAAUCGCAAAGGAUUUGUAUCACAAAAUGUUCUCUGCGACUUGCAUUUUUGAUCUAGAAUUCAUGUAUGUUCUUAGUGGGUGGGAAGGUUCAGCUCAUGAUUCAAAAAUAUUAAGUGAUGCUCUAACAAGAAGCACUUGCAAACUAGAAGUUCCAGAAGGUAUGGGUGACAAAUUUUUUAGUUCAUAUUAUUAGAAUGUUCUAUGUAUAUACAACUUAUUUUGUAAUGUUUAAAUUCUGUAGGAAAAUUUUAUUUAGCAGAUUGUGGAUUUGCCAACCGUCAGAAGUUUUUAUCUCCAUUAAGAAGUACUCGGUAUCAUCUACAGGAUUUUACGGGCGAAGGUCGUGAUCCCAGUAACCAGAACGAGUUAUUCAACUUGCGGCAUGCGUCUUUAAGAAAUGUGAUCGAGAGAAUAUUUGGUAUCUUCAAAUCUCGGUUUCUGAUUUUCAAAUCUGCUCCUCCUUUCUCUUUUAAGACACAAGCGGAGUUAGUUUUGGCAUGUGCUGGAUUGCAUAACUUCUUACGUAAAGAGUGCCGAUCAGAUGCUUUUCCAGAAGAAGUGAUCAAUGAAAACCGUGAAGAAAAAGAAGAAUAUGGAGAACUGGGCACUGAAUAAGUAGGUCUUGUUGAAUCUCAGCAACGAGAGUAUGCUAAUUACUGGAGAAAUAUGAUAGCUUCUAAUAUGUGAGCCGAUGCAGCAGGAAAUGGAAAUCAACAGUGAUGGUGAGACUAAUUUAUUUAUUGAUAUUAUGGUUUGGUGUGUUCACGUAGACACAUAAAUUUUAUGGUACUUUGUGUUAUGUUUGGUGUGUUCCUCUUCUUAGUUUUCUUAUGAUAAUAAUCAGUCUUUGACUUUUGUGAUUUGUGAUUUUUUUGAAACACCAUUCUUUGUUAUCAAUGUGAGUUUGGUUUCUUCAUCAUUAUUGAAUCAAACGGUUGUUUUAUAGAUCAUGUGAGUUUGAUUUGGUGUGUUCACGUGAGUUUAGUUGCAAUAUGUGCAUGUUUUUCUUAUUACACUAGAUUUCAAAAAUCUUAUGAGAAUAUAUGAUAUUUUCAAAGUCUAGUUUUAUGAGUAAAAACAUAAGGAAUUCACCUUCCAAUAACAAUAGAGUUCAAUAGAAUGAUAAAAUCCAUAAUAACUAAACUUUAUGAAUAACAAAGGAUUUGAAUGGAAUUUAAAAGUCUUUAAACCAAUAACAAUGGAUUUUGAUAAGAGUUUUUAAAUCUGUAAACCAAUAACAAUGGAUUCUUAAAAUUUAUUAACUCUUUAGAAUUCUUAAACCAAUAACCUCCCUAAUAGACAAACAAUAUCAAUUACGAAUCACAGUUUUAAGUGGAAUCACAUGAUUAUAUUUAAUUGGCAUCUAAAUAAAAAAAAAGGACAAUGGCAUCACGAACACUUCACAUGUUUAUAUUAAAAUGUACCAGCAAAAUGUUUUUAUUAAAUGUAUCAGCAAAAUGUUUUUUUUUGUUAAAGGGCUUAUGGUGUAGCGGAAGCUACGGAUAGCGCAACUAAUCUAUUAAUUCUUAGAAUACCUAGAAUAAUUGCCUUCUUGAGAUCGUUGAGAGUCGAAGCUCUAUCCGAGAACAAGAUAAAAGAAAUAACUAUUACUCUGUAUUUUUAUUAAACGUCAAAAGCUGAUUUACAAUAACACAAACGACAUCUUAAAUAGAAAACACAAGACAAAACCCUAAUCUUAUAUAGGCUGUAACUGGUGAAUCAAAAAUGGAAUAAAUAGAAUAGAAAGGAAUGUAAUAAAAGGAAUAGAAUGCAGUAGAAAAAUGGAAUAUAUCCAUUCCAUUUAUUCCUUGACAAAAUUGUUACGGAAUGGUUUCCUUUGUAUUUGGUUUAUUUUUUUUGGAAUUGAUGGAAUGAGCAUUCCAUUUAAUUCAUGGUAACUGGUAAAUUUUUUUAUGAAAUUAAUGGAAUUGAUCAUUCCAAAGCAUUCCAUUCUAAAAAUAGGUAAUCAAGUUGAAGCCAUAUUAAAACAGAAAUCAUGACUUUGUUCAUGUGUAAUUUUUUUUAUUUGAACCAUCCUCUUAAAAGUUUAACAAGUUUUACAUAACUUAAUCAUCACAUCUUUUAAUAUCUUUAACUUAACAAGUCUAAAUAGUUUACAUUUUAAUUAUCAUAAAAUAUAAUUAGAAUUUCAAAUUAAAUUUAUUUUUGAUUAAUGAACAAAAAUUAAAUCAUAUAAAUAUUUUAAUUAUAUUUUAAUGAUAACUAGAUUUUGAUCUGCGCUUUAAAAGCGUGGGAUUGUCUAUUUUUGAAAUAUUAUAUUUUGUAAAAUAUAUUUUUGAAUGAAAAUAUAAUGUAUUUUGUGUAUAUGUGCAGUAGUUCUAUAAAUAUAUAAUCAUAAUAUAUUUUUUCAAAUAAGUUCAAUUUAUUAUUAGUGUAAAUGAAAUAAAGUGAUUUUAUUUAUAAAUCCAUGUAACAUUAUAUUAAACAAUUUGGGUUUUUGAUGGAUCCGCCCUUAAGUAAAAAAAUUUAAAACUAUCUAAAAGAAAUGAGAUCACUCGGUCCAACAAUGCACCUAAUUCGAUCAUCAAAAGUGACCCUUUACUUAUAAAGUAAAAAAAAAUUCUAUAACAGUAAAAAAAAUCGAUGGUGAAAAUCAAGGUCUACCACGUAUAUUCGAAAAAGACGACUUCACACUCAAGAAAUCGUAAGGUAUAAAUCGUUUGCUCAUCUUUAAAUUGUUUUGGUUCGAUUACUCUUACAAAAUAAGAAAUGUUUUUUUUUUCUUUUUUUUUGUUCACAGAACGUAAUAAAAAGAGUUUUCUUUCACAUAUCCUAACAUGUAUAUGAAGAGUUUCUUAAAUCUGAAAUAAUUUUAAAGGAACCGGAUUAAAAGUGAAACAAUACUACCACCGUAAAAGAGAAGUACUUUGAUACAAUUGUAAAAAAAAUUCAGUGUAUUACGCUUUACACUGAUAUAUUAUGUGACUUUAACAGAACUAUCUCUGUUUGCAUACCUCAUCCAAAUAUGAAAAGGAAGCAAAAUGAUGGCUUUUCUCCUAAAAGAAAAACAAAAGGUGAUGCAUUAUUCACAGCCGAACUAUAUUAGUACUACUUUAGUAAUAGAACUGGUAGGAAUGGUACAGGUAAUGGCUACAACAUUCUUUACCGAAUUGUUAGGUCAAAAGGGUUGAAAAAUGUUUGUUUCAGAAGAGCGUCGACGGUGUCAUAUUUAUAAUAAGAAGAAGAACUUCCGUGUGUUUAGGUAAAUCAAUAUUUAGGAAAUAACAGUAGCAUAUUCUAAAAUAUGCUAAAUUUGAAACUUGAUAGAUUUUGUGAAUCAAAAUAUAGUUUGUAUUUCUGGAUUUGAUUUUUUAAAAUGGGGAUAUGUGGUGACCAUAAUUUGGAAAACCACAUUAAAUAUAUUUAUAUGGCACCCUCGUUUACAUUAAAUAAUAAUGAUUGUUGCCUAAACUAUUUUCAUGAAUUAACUAAUAGAUUGAAGAAUAACAAAACGGUCAUAUAUUUAGGAGUGUAUUUAGCAAUUGUUAUGUUUUCUUGUGUUAAAUGAUAUUGCUUGUUGACCAAGUUUGAAAAGGUAAUAUUUUAUUUAGCAAAAUGAUAUUGAUUUUACAUUUUUUUAUUUUUAUUAUCAAAGUGAUUAUGAAAACAAUUAAAACGGAAUUGGGUUAGAAGUAUACUUAGUAUAUAAUUGGAUCAAAUAUAUAUUGGAAACUUGAUGAAAAAAAAAAAUAUAUUGUAAACUUCAAAAAUUACUAACUUGACAAAUAUUUCAUAAAUUGGAAACAGUUAUAAGCAUAAUAUAAAUUGGAGACAGUAAUAAGUUUAAUAUUCUGUGUAUAAUCAUAUUUUCAAUUCUUUUAGCUUUCGUUAUGUGUAUAAAUAUAUAAUCAUAUGUUAAAUUAUUUUACGCUUAGUUAAAUUAAAAGGUUUAGGGUUUGUAUAGUUUAUGGCUUUUAAAUAAAUUCUUAGGCUCGUAUUAAAUAAGUUUUUUUUUUGUCAGUAACAUGAACAGACUCAUAUAGAUUCUGCAAAUCACACUGUUAGCUCUGCAUCUAUAUGAACGACAGACGACGGUUGUUUUCUUGCACUGCGUGCGAGACUGUCUGCCUUUGAGUUAUGUGUUCGUGGUAUAUGAAUGAUCUCUGAGCUAUUGAAACUUCUCUUCAAAAGUGUAAUGUCGUCCAGAUAGCUUGUAAAGGCUGGCCACUCCUCUGGUUCCGAAACCAUCUUCACCAAUUGAGCACAAUCCGUUGCAAAAGUAACCCGGAACUAUCUAAGGUUCCUCAUGCAUUCCAUUGCCCAUAUGAGAGCCUCUAUCUCUGAGUGUAGUGGCGACUGACUCGCUCUUGUAUUCCUUGCUCCCAUUAGUCCAUCAUAACCUUCCAGAGUACUAUACCCGCCUUGUCCUGAAUAUAUAUCCUGAUUUUUCCAGGAUCCAUCCGUAAAACACCAUCUACCUGGUAUGGUCGGGAUUGCCGCUGGUACAGGUAACCGAGUGUGGUCCAUUCCCUGAUUCUGAGAAUUUUGCGCUUCCAAACAAAAGUAACGAUUCCGUUUUUGCCAAUUUGAGAGUAUCUCUCGGGUCCAUAUCCAAAUUGCUAAAAACUUUGUUGUUUCUACCCUUCCAUAUAUGCCAGAGAAUCCAUGCAAAAUGAUGAUCCUCCAUUUCGGGGGAGACUCUCCAAAAUAGAUGAUCCAUAUUGGUAAAUAAUGAUUGAGUAGGAAAUAUUUCCGGAUUCGUUGGGAUCCGUGAAAGUGUCCAGCCUUGAAUCACCGGUGGACAUUCAAAAAAUACAUGAUUAAUUGACUCUUCGGGAGCUCCACAUCGGUCACAAAUUGUAUCUCCUUGCAUUCCUCUUGACCUCAAAUUGUUCUUAACCGCUAUACAUCCUGUCAAUAGUUGCCAUAAAAAAUGUUUCAUCGUAGGUGGACAGCGUACUUUCCAACAAAACGCCUUCAGCGGGGUUGCCAAAGGACCAUACAGGGGUGGCGUACUUUCUCUGUCCGGAUACACUCGCUCCACUUCAUAUCCAGAUUUAACCGUGUAUUUCCCAUUGUUUGUGAAAUGCCAACCAUUCCGAUCUUCUGUAUGAAAUCUACUUAAAGGAAUACUUUCAAUAAUUUUCACAUCUUGUGGAUCCACCAGAGUCCUAAUAACCUGUAAAUUCCAUGAUCGCGAUGUUCCAUCAAUAAGAGCAUCCACUGUCAGUUCCAGGUAAAGAUUGUGUUGAUUUUUAUUUGCUGGUCUCGGGCGAGUGGAUGAAAGCCGAGGGUCAUUCCAUACUGAGAUGGAUGAUCCUGUUCCCAUCCUUUUGAUUAGUCCUUUGCUAACCAAAGAUCUAGCAGAGACAAUACUGCGCCAGCCAUAAGAUGACGAGUACGAUCUAAUGGGUUCUAGGGGUGAUGUAUUCCUGAAAUACCUCCUUUUAAAAACCCGAGAAAAUAAAAUAAGUUUGUAAUGAGUUUGUAAGAUAAUUAUAGUGCUUGCUCGUAGGACUCUGAGCGAUGGCCAAGUAAAUGUAUACUUCUUGCAUCUUUUUUGAUGGGUCUAUACAUAAAUUAUUUAAAUUAUUGGACUGUUUUGUUUACUUGGAAAGAAACAUGCUACUUUCUAAUUGUUGGGCUUUCAAUUUUCGAAAACCAUUUAAAACAAUUGAAAAAGGUAAUGAAAUUUUUUGUAAUUAAUUGAAAAAUCAAGGGCAUAAUCCGACGAAGGAUUCUGCUUUAUUAGUAUGGAUAACAAUUUAAAUUGAUUAAUUUUCAAAAUACAUUUUAUAAAAAUCUUUAAAAGAAUUUGUUAGAAAGAAAUAUCCUUUCUGUUUCAAAUAAAAACAUUUACUAAAAAAUUAGUUUGUAAGUACAAUAUAUUAUAGUUUCUCUUUUAAAAAUAUUUUU